UUUUCACUGAAUAAAAUGGUGCUAUUUUCAGUCUGACAUUAUUUGUUUUACAGAUCCGCAAAUUUGCCUGCAUAAGCAUAGACGCCAAACUGUGAUUCAGAAUAAAGCAACAUUUAAAAAUAUUUCCAUAUUUCUGAAGAGAAAUUCUGGCACAUUAAAAUCCAUCUGACUGCUCUUGAGUAUUAUUUUGUUUUCACCCAAAAUUUUUAGCACAUAUCUUUUCUAAAAUAUGAAUUUUGAGUUAAUAAAAACCCCAGCAAAUACUGAAUAAAAUUUGAAGUGUUCAGCAGAACUGAAAUGAACAAAGUAUUUUCCAGUGCCUUUCACACUAGCUAAGGAAUAUAAAUUUGAAACAGAAAGAGGGCACAAAUGCUAUUGCAAUUCUAGAAAUAAUUAAAAUAUGAAUGAUUUAUGAUGAUCUGUUAUAGCAUAGCUGUUAAGAUUUUUACACCGAUUUUCUGAAAUAAAGCAGAAAUAUGUAGUUCAUUACAUAUCGUAUACUCUUCCCAAUAUAUGUGAGAAAAUAAAACUGCCAUGAACCAACUGCCAAAUCCAGAGGUUAUCUAUUUAGAAACAAGGAAUGAAAAAGUUUUUACUAAAACCUGUGUAUACAUGUACAGUUCAGACCUUUCUGUGCUCUUCUAUAAAAGGUUGCAACCAGAGCAAAUUAAUUGUGUUCCACAGCAAAGCAUUAAAAAAGCUGGCUAAGAAUCUUGUUUCACUACUAGAAAAUAGAACUCUGGAAAUUCACAGGGCAGAAUAUUCACAGAAUGAAAGCUGCAGAAUCUCUAGACUGUAUUUUAUUUUUCUAAAGGAAAAGCAGUCCAGGGUUAAUUCAAAGAACUAUCUUAAACUAAAAUGACAGAGUUUACUACUAUCCCCAAAUAGUAAAGAGAGCUCUCAAGAAUACAACUUGAAUACAGGUCACGAACCGGUUCAACAUACUUAACUGGUAGUUUUAUGAAUUAUAAUGAAUGCUGCUACUCCCUAAAAAUGAAUGUAUCAUAGAGGAAAUAACCUCCUUGGCAUGCCUGCAGUUAUACAACACAUUUGUUUUAUUGCUUUCAAGCACCAGUGCUGGAAGCUCAGAAUAAGUCUAUGGGAGGAGGACUUCAGUCACAGCAGCAAGCAGGUCUACUGAGCAGAUAAGAUGAUAUGCUUGGGGAAAUAACAUGCAAAUAAGAGCUAUUGGUUUCUUUCACCAAGCCUUCUGAAAUCUGAACCUCUGCAGAAUACUGAACACAUGAACCUUACCUACAGACAUGGACAGAUGCAUGAAAGCUCUCAUUUUACCCAACUUGAAAUUCUUCUAAAAGGAAGGAGUCAGCUUUGGCUUUGAAUAUUUGGCAUGGGUACAAUGCUUUAAAAGAGCAGAUGACCAGCUUAGCUACUGACCAUGCUGACCACUAUCUGGAAUCAGAUCAAAUCACAGAAAAACAGCGAAUGGCUCUCUCUUAUAGAAUAUCAGAACAAAGCACAAUUCCUGAGCAAAUUUUGCAAAGCUCAUUUGAUCACGUUAUCUCUUCUAACUGGUCUGGAUUACAGACAGAAUCGAUACCAGAGGAAAUGAAACAGACUGGUGAAGAACAGGGAAAUAAACUGCGCUGGGCAGCUCUUCUGAUACUCAUGGUGAUAAUACCCACAAUUGGUGGAAACAUCCUUGUUAUUCUGGCUGUUUCACUGGAGAAAAAGCUGCAGUACGCUACCAAUUAUUUUCUAAUGUCCCUGGCAGUGGCUGAUUUGCUGGUUGGACUGUUUGUGAUGCCGAUUGCCCUCUUGACAAUAAUGUUUGAGGCUACGUGGCCCCUCCCACCUGUUCUAUGUCCUGCCUGGUUAUUUCUUGAUGUUCUUUUUUCUACUGCAUCCAUCAUGCAUCUCUGUGCCAUUUCAAUGGAUCGUUACAUUGCCAUUAAAAAGCCAAUCCAGGCCAAUCAAUAUAACUCAAGAGCUACAGCACUCAUCAAGAUUACAGUGGUGUGGUUAAUUUCAAUAGGCAUUGCCAUCCCAGUCCCUAUUAAAGGGAUAGAAGCUGAUGUGAGUAACCCAAACAACAUCACUUGUGGGCUGACAAAGGAUCGUUUCAGCAAUUUCAUGCUCUUUGGCUCACUGGCUUCCUUCUUUAUACCUCUGGUAAUCAUGAUUGUCACCUACUUUCUCACUAUCCAUGCUUUACAGAAGAAAGCUUACUUAAUCAAAAAUAAGCCACCUCAACGCCUAACAUGGUUGACUGUAUCUACAGUUUUCCAAAGGGAUAAAACACCUUGCUCUUCACCUGAAAAAGUGGCAAUGUUGGAUGGUUCUCACAAGGACAAAACUCUGUCCAACUCAAGUGAUGACAUACUUAUGCGAAGAAUGUCCACAGUUGGAAAAAAGUCAGUGCAGACCAUUUCCAAUGAACAGAGAGCCUCAAAGGUUCUAGGGAUUGUGUUUUUCCUCUUUUUGCUUAUGUGGUGCCCCUUUUUUAUUACAAAUAUAACUUCAGUUUUAUGUGAUUCCUGUAACCAGACUACUCUCAAAAUGCUCCUGGAGAUAUUUGUGUGGAUAGGCUAUGUUUCCUCAGGGGUGAAUCCUUUGGUCUACACCCUCUUUAACAAGACAUUUCGGGCUGCAUUUGGCCGAUACAUCACCUGCAAUUACCGGGCCACAAAAUCAGUAAAAACUCUCAGAAAAUGCUCCAGAAGUAUCUACUUCCGGAACCCAAUGGCAGAGAACUCUAAGUUUUUCAUGAAACAUGGAAUUCGAAAUGGGAUUAAUCCUGCCAUGUAUCAGAGCCCAAUGAGGCUCCGAAGUUCAACGAUUCAAUCUUCAUCAAUCAUUCUACUAGACACACUUCUCCUCACUGAAAAUGAAAGUGACAAAAUUGAAGAGCAAGUCAGUUAUGUAUAGCAGGAAUGGCACAGUUUUCACCUAACUAAUAAUGAAACAGAUAUAAAGUACCAAGAAUUACACACAGAACUUCAUGUCGUAUUAUCAAAUUAUCUCUUUAAGAGUUGUGUGUUAAGAUUAUUCAAUUUUCUUUAUCUGGACAAAAAUGCUCCAUGAAAAAGAAUCAUUUUGUACAGCUGCAAAUUAAAACAAUCCAGCACUCUCAUUAAAUGUUAAGGUAUUCAAAAGAAAUAAAAUUAAAUAAAUCAUAAAUUUCAGGCUAAAAAAAUCCAAUGUCAUCCUAAGGAUUUGUUUUGUUCCUAGUUGUAUGGAAGGCUGUGCUAAGAAUGAAAUGAAACAAAAAUAAGCACUAACUCACUCAUGAAGGCCUUAAAAGUGUAAAGCAUAGCACAGAACAACAGUGAUAGUAACAGAAGACUAAAAAUCAGUGCAUAAAACAAUGAUCACAUCUGGAGGUAAGUUAAGAUUGCCAUUUAUAGUCUGGCUUAGUUAAAUGUAGUCAUGAUUUUGCUUUGAUCAUGCAACUGUCUGGAUGGUAGUGGUAGGAAGGACAGUCAUUGACUAUAACACAAAAUAAAAGGGUCUCAGAGGGAGAAUUUUUUAUUAAAUGGCUGAUACCAAACAUCUACUUAGCAGAGGUGGGUCUACCAGAGGAAGAAAAUGCAAAUGAAAUCACUCUAGGGUACCUGAACCUCAUAAAGAACAUAUGCAAACCAGAGGCAUGGGAACUUAAUCUAGCAACCUAAACUUUAAUGAUCUCAUAAACUGAGAUUGUGGCUGCCCAAGCUUGCCCAAAGACUUGGUUGAACUUCUGAAGCAAAAUUUUUUAUUCAGCCUUUUAUUAUUUCAUUUUGUAUUGCUAGAUCUGGGAAUAAGUCAUCUAUGUUACUUAAUAGCUAACUGACUGCAUUUACAGAAGAUACUUAAUUUCUGAGCCCCCAUUUCCUCACCUAUAUUUGGUAGGUUCUUAAGAGGAUGAGUACAUGUGGGCACUCUGCAGCUGGUAGCCAAAUUCUAUUUGCUUUUGAUAUUUUAUUUUCAUACUACUCCAAAAAAUGACAAACAAAUUUAGGCUGAGGGGCUCUGCAGUGAAGUGUGUAGCUUAGCCUUUCCUUUUCAGGUUGGCCCAAUCUAUGCCUCGACCUAUUGCUGUUCUAUCACUGUCCCCUCCAGGAAACUCAGUUUAAGAAAAUUACUUCAAGAAAUGCCUUGGCUAUGGAGCUCAGCAUAAGUGAACCAGGUACAUACUCUCUAAACGGCAGAAUCCUUUCCUCGAACAUGGGUCUAAACAUAUGGUUCUAUGUCAUCUUCCAGAAAGAUUGUAUAUUCCAAAUUUAAUUCCUCAAUCAUUGAAGCUUUAGGCACUUUUUCCCACUAGGUCCUUUUUAAUAGUCUUAAGGGUGAUCUUACUCAGAUAGGGAGGCAAAAUAAUUCACAUUCCAAAAAAAAAAAAGUCAUUAUUCUCUAUUUUGGUUCGUCUCUAAUACGAUGGAUUUGGCUCAUGUUAAAAUUUAUAUUCUUGCCAAGUCAUACAAGAUUAAGUUUCCAGCUAUUAUUCUAACAGUAUCCCAAACCGCAUUUUAUGUAUCUCAAGGCAUAUAUAGUUGUUUCAGUAAAUCAAAAUACUAGAGAUGGCAACCAUACUGCCAAAAGUCUACUCCUAGACAAUCUAGAUGAAAAGGUCUAUCUUCCAUAUGCUCUACAUUAACUCCUAAUUUGUGAAUAUAUUUAAACAUAUACACACCUACAAAAUUAACUAUAAGACCUUAAACUAUUCAGCUUCAAUUCCUGGAAAAAAAUCUUUUUUGCUUAUAUUUAUCUGGGAUUUUUCUACAGUUAAUAAGAUCAUUCUAAUAUUUCAUAGUGACUAGAAAAUGAAAGUCACUAAAUAUACAUCUCCAAUACAGCACAAAACUUUAACCACUGAUAUAUAACUGAUAUUGCUAUUCAAGAAUACUUUAAAUCUAUAAAUUUGAAGCAAAUCUCAGAAGUUAACCACACCUAUGGCAACAAAGGGACUCUACUUAAUAGUCUUAACUUUGAAAGAAAAGGAAUAGCUUGUACCUCUUGAGAAGAAGAAUAAAAAAAAAACACAUUUAAUUCUAUUUCACAUUUGUUAAUUAAUGGAGAGGGGAAGACAAAGGUGUAGAGAAAAAAAUGAAAGAGACAAAAAUAAAACAAGGACGUUGCAGCAUCUAGAACAAAAACACCAAGAUACUGAGGCAGAAACAGAAAACACUGGAGAAUA